AUGAAGUUACUGAAAGUUAGAACAGUCUGCUAUCAAAACAUGAACUUUGAUGGCAAAACUGCGAUGGACAUAUAUCAAACUCACCAGUCUAGAGCUUGUUUCCCUGAAGCAAGAAGAAUAUUUCAUAGUGCUAAAGAAAAACUAGUUUGUCGUUCCACAACGACGACUCUUGCAGAAUAUUUGAGCAAAGAUCUAUCAUUUAUUGAGAAACAGAACACUCUCUUGGGGCUGAACAAUUUCAGCAUCAUUAGAGACACUUCUCGAAACACUAGCAACCGCCACGAAACAAUUCUUGUGGUGGCUACACUGAUGGUCACAGCUGCAUUCACGGCUGGUCUCUGUCCUCCAGGCGGAUUUUGGCAGGAGAAUGGCGGUAGGCACAAGGCUGGGCAGAUGACAAUGCCUUUCGAGUACGCCUUCUCUUUUCUUGCCCUCACAGGAUUUGCCUUCUUAUCAUCUCUAUACGUAAUCCUAAAUCUCAUAAUUGGACUCCCCAUGUGGAAGUUAAUCUAUGGUUCAACGGCGGCUUUAGGUAUCGCUAUCUCUGCAUCGUACGCCGUUAUAUUCCCGUCUCCAGGAACCUACUGGAUUUGGCAUAUCUCAGCGUUCAUCUUCGUCUGUGCAUUCCCGUUGAUUAUAUUUUCCAUGUUGUUUGCUAUUUUCAAGGCAUUCGUUGUUCAUAAACGUCGCCGGCAACAGGUAGACUUCCCGGCGAGCUGCUUCAGAUCAUCUCAUAGCUAUCGCUAUUGA